CGUUGGCUAGCUCUCGUUGUUCAACACUGUUGGGAAGCCAAAAAUUUAUUUAGCCGCGAAAAUUGCACUACACACCAGCAAAAACCUAAAAGUUUGGGUAGAAAACCUUCAUUUUGGUUGAUUUAAUAAUUCAUAAGAUUUACUGGACCCUACGUUACUAUAAUAAACAAUCAGUUUCAAAGAAAUCUAUUAUUAUCUACGGAAAGAAACUGAUUGGCGGCUUUGAACGUUCAAGAAAAUGGCACAAAUUGAAGAGUACCAGAAUUUGGUAAUCGAUGCACUCGAAGUCGUUGAAUUCAAGCUGAUUCGAGACAAGGCGGACAUCAACAACGAUGCCCUAACUUUCCACCCUAACAUGGCCCACCAGAUUUUUGGCGAGUCGGAGACCAUCUUCGGUUACCAGGAUUUGCACGUGCGUGUGAUGUACACGGCAGGACCUUUGCACAUUUACCUUGGCAUUGAGUACGGCAAGCGAGUGAAUGAGAUCUCGGGGGGAGAGAUCAAGGCCGACGAUGUGGUCAGCACCAUUGCCCAGAGUCUGCCGGACGGCUGCUACUUCAUCAAUCUCGAUGAGUUUUUGAAGACUCUCGAUAAGGCAGAUAAGUUUCAGCCAUUUGGCGAGAAGAUUAGCGAAUAUACCCGGGUAUCGGACGACGGCAGCGAACGGGUCUUCGAGGUGUACCAGUGUGACUACAAAAGCUCGUCAUUCCUUAAGUUUUUUGCCCGCCUACAGACCUUCAUUUUGUGGUUCGUGGACGCCGCUUCUUACAUUGACACCGAUGACCCACAGUGGUGCUACUUUUUGUGCUAUGAAAAGUAUAAGAACAAUGAUGGUCAGUGGCAGUACGCCACUGCUGGCUACACCACUGUAUAUGAGUACUAUGCAUACCCUCAAAACAAGAGGCCCAGGAUAAGCCAGAUGUUGAUAUUGCCGCCAUUCCAGAAACUCGGUUUGGCCACACAAAUGGUGGAGACCAUUUACAAGUUUUAUCAAUCUCAAAAGAGUGUAGUGGACAUCACCGUGGAGGAUCCUUCUGAGGAAUUCCAGCGGUUGCGCAACUUUGUGGACGCCCGAUCUUGCAAGGAACUGAAAUCGUUUUCUCGUAACGAGAUUGUCAAAGGCUUUAGCAAGGAAAUGGUGCGCGAAGCUCGUGAAGCACUGAAGCUCAAUCCUCGUCAGGUGCGAAAAGUAUAUGAGCUGCUGCGUCUCUUUUAUACCAAUGUGAAUAAUGAAAAAGAAUACCGGUCUUAUCGCCUCGAAGUUAAGAAACGACUGAACGCUGUCUAUUAUAAGCAACUAAAGGACAUAAAGAAAAUGGAACGCUUCAAGAUGGACACGGAGAUGCUUCGUGCCCGCCUGCCAACUAUUAAGCAACGCAUGGAGCAGCUGCAGGAGGAGUACAGCGUCGUCGAGCAGGACUAUCAGAGCACCAUUGCCAAAUUGAAAGCCUAGUAGGAUCUGUGGAUCCAAGGGGUGUUGAGUAAUUUAUUUCGUUUUUCAUUUUUCAAAUAUGUUGAAUACAAAAUACAUUAUGUUGCUAUAAGCCUAUAGUAGGAUUCUUUUGAAUAAAUAUUAAAAAUUA